AUGGCGGAGGUGAUACGCGUUUUGCGACUUGUUAGACAGAAGGAAAGGAAAGAGCGAAUCCCAAGAAAAUUUAGGGAUAGAUUCAACCCUCUCGAAUGUUAUGGGGACGAGGAACUUUUCCAUCGGUAUCGUUUUAGGCGAUCAACAAUAUUUUUUUUGGUAAACCUCAUUAGUGGACAAAUUGCUCACGAGACGAGGAGAUCUUUAAGCCUUCCACCUGUGCUGCAGGUGCUAACCUUUUUGCAGUUCGUAGCAACAGGGGCAUUUCAUGUGCUUGUUGGUGAAGCCUUACACAUCAGCAAGUCGACGGCGGGUAGGUGUGUUCGGGGAGUGGCCGAUGCCAUUUGUCGUCACGCCGCCACCUUUAUCAAAUUCCCAAGUGGCCAGCGUCUACUAGACGUGAAAAGGAAGUUUCACGCAAUCGCAGGUUUCCCAAAGGUUGCAGGUUGCAUCGACGGCACCCAGAUUCGGAUUAUCGCACCUGUUGAAAAUGAGCCUGAUUUUGUAAACAGAAAGGGUUAUCAUUCCUUGAAUGUUCAGAUGGUAUGCGACCCCAAUUUCCUCAUCACUAACUGCGUGGCUAACUGGCCUGGCUCAUGCCAUGACUCGAGGAUCUUCAGGGAAAGCAAAUUGUCAGAAAACUUUGAAAAUGGACUACACGAUGGCAUUCUUCUCGGGGAUUCAGGCUACCCAUGCCGGAGAUACUUAUUGACGCCAUACAACAACACUAAUAAUAUUCGGCACAAAGAAAAAUUUAACUCAGCUUUGAGUAGGACACGGGUACUGGUUGAACAGACCUUUGGAAUAUUGAAAAGACGAUUUCCUUGUCUCUCUGUAGGUCUUAGAACAAAUCCACCAAGGGCUUGCAAGUACAUUGUGGCUUGUGUUAUCUUACACAACAUUGGUAUAUUACAGUCUGAUAUAGUUAUCAGUGAUGUGGAAGAGUUGACACUGCAAGGCCCUGACAAUCAGUUUGUGGACUUCCAUGUCAAUGAUGGAUUUGGCAUCCGAGAUGUAAUUGCGCAAACUUACUUUGCUUGAGUAUCCCUGUUAGCUGCUUAGCUGCCAAUAAAAGUGUAAUUCAGUUGCAAUUGUUCAUGAAAUGUUAAAAAAUACACUUUUGAGACAUGUAAUAAUGACAAAAUGACAUCACACCAGGGUUACAAGACAAGAUUUUAUUAGGUCAAAAACUAAAAUAAUACAUGUCAUUGACAAUAUAGUGAUCUUCAGUACAUGUCAGGAUUAUACACACAGUAUAAAUUGUUAUUAUUAUGCAAUGAUUAUGAUACUGUCCAAGAGCAAGGGUAGAUAUAGUAUACACUUAUAAGUAUUCAUGCUUAUUUCUUUCAUACAUUACAUAAUAAAUACAUUUGUCAACGUUAAACGUAACUUCAUUUCCACUUUUCAGCAUUCUGACAAAGUUAAACAUAUUUGCAUUUCAGAGGAGACUAGAGGAUAAAUAACGCUGACAUAUUUCCUGAUACUUAGGACAAAUAAGUAAUACAUGAUACUUGUCUUCAAUGCCAUGUGGACAAAAGGCACAUUUCCUAUCAAUAAAUGGUAUUUUAGGUAUACUCCAUCUACCUUUCUCAAUCAUAAACAUAUGGGAACUGAGACGAAAACAUGUCAUGGCAGUUCUG